GACUUUUUAUUGCGUCCCGUCUAAGAGUCCGACCGAGAUGAUCGAGUCACUUUUUCCCACUUGGGUACUGUUGUGGAUGUGUUUCACCAAGUUCAAUACCAAAGUAAAUUCAAGAGGAUGAUGCAGAUGUGUUAAUCGACAAUAAGCAACAUAAAAAGAAAACUAAAGGAUGGAGGGUUGUUUGCAUCAGCCAGUGGACUCCCAUGACAGUCAUGAAGUCAUCAAUAUUUUGCCAUCUCCACUACCAGUGAAACAUUAUGAUGCGGACACAACUGAACCUAUUAGCUGUAGUCUUCAAACUUUGAAUGAGCUGUUGUCAUGGAAACAAAAUGAGGCAAACCCCUUCAACGUAGCAGUAGUCCCACUAGCAGGGCGAGAACCUGCACUGCCCAAUUGCUUACGUCGGACCUUGGUAUCUCAUGACAUGAUGGGUGGAUACCUAGAAGACAGGUUUGUUCAAGGUGCAGCUGUAGAUGCUCCAUAUGCUUUCUACCACUGGCAGUACAUUGAUAUUUUCAAUUAUUUUACACACAACAUGGUGACCAUUCCUCCUGCAGUCUGGACUAAUGCUGCACAUAAACAUGGUGUUCUUGUUCUUGGGACUUUCAUCACAGAAUGGACUGAUGGAGCAGCGACAUGUGAGGCCUUCCUUCAAGAAGAUCUUUAUCGUGAAGUCGCUGAUAAGCUGGUUCAAAUCAGCUCUUAUUAUGGAUUUGAUGGCUGGCUUAUAAAUAUAGAGAACACACUCAGUGGUGUUGCAGUGAAGAAAACACCUUUGUUUUUGCGCUAUCUCACAAAUCAGAUUCAUGAAAAAGUGCCCGGCAGCAUGGUCCUUUGGUAUGACAGCGUACUUGAGAAUGGAGACCUAAAAUGGCAGAAUGAAUUAAACAAAUUAAACAGGGUAUUUUUUGAUUCAUGUGAUGGUUUCUUCACCAACUACAACUGGACAGUAGAAAACCUUGAGUGGAUGACAAAUUACAGUCAAACCAUUGGACGUCAGGCUGACAUCUAUGUGGGGAUUGAUGUUUUUGCCCGUGGAAAGGUGAUCGGAGGGAUGUUUGAAACCCAUAAGGCACUGGAAGUCAUCCGAAAGUACAACUUUUCAGCUGCUAUCUUUGCUCCUGGUUGGGUGUAUGAGACCCAAAACAAGACAGAGUUUCGCCAGCUUCAAGAUAGAUUCUGGGCUCUUCUGAAAAACAACCUGUACAUUCAUCGUCUAGCCGUGACGCUCCCCUUCGUUUCUUCCUUCUGUCAGGGCUUUGGAAAUUCUGUCUAUUGGAAAGGAAAGUGUGAAACAAAGAAGAAUUGGUUCAAUUUGACUGCUCAGGAAAUCCAGCCAUUGUACUACCAAGACCAACUAGAGGGUCAUGGCUGGAUAAGGAGCCGUGGUUGCCCAGAGGAUGCCUGGAAUGGAGGCUGCUCAUUACUCCUAGAUGGUCUCAUCCCUGCCACACAUACUUCUCCAGUCUGUGCCAAGAUCCUCUCCCUCCAUGUGCCUCUAUUCGACACCCUUUUCUGCAUUGUGUACAAGUCAUCUUCUCAAGUUGCAGUUUCGCUGGAGCUCAAGAUAACUGAUGCUGGUCUUAGUUCAGAUGAACUUAACCAGGAUAUAAAAAUCACAAGUGCAUCUCCAGUUCUACUCCACAAAGAACACGAGUUAAUUCAGCAGUUUUCUCAUCUUCGUGACAAUUGGACGAAUACAGGUUGGAGCGUCAGGUAUUAUAAGUUGGACCUACAAGGCUGUAUUCUUCGAGGAGUCUGUGUUAACAUCCAGUUGGUUGGGGAGCCUUUGGACACAAAUUUCAGCUGCAGAAUGGGAGAAAUAAUGUUCCUAGAUAUAGACAGUCUACUCAAGGCCCCUGAAAUAGUUCAAGAUGUUUCUAUUUCUGACAUUGUGUGGCUGCGCGGUGCUGGUGCACCUCCCAAUUCCGAUUCGUGCUGCUUGUAUCUCAAUGCAACGCUGCAAUGGAGCUACCCAAUGGAGCUUGUACGGCACUUCAAUGUGUACUGGCGUCAGCUGAAAGGUCCAAAUCCCAGAGUCUCUGCAGGUGAGAUGGUUCGGGUGGGUCGGGCAUAUUCAAAACUUUAUAGGGUAACUGAACUCCCAGUCCUUGAGCCCCCUGGCCAGCUGGAACUUCUGGUAGAGCCAGUAACUCGGAAAGGGAUGCCACUCCCAAUAAACUGUUGGGGAAGAAGAACUGUCAGCUACACAGAGAUUGAAUGUAAACAUGGAUAAAGACUUUCUUUAAUUUGAAGAUCAUUAUAAUGGCAUUUAAUAUUGAGUAGCCAUGCUUACUUGCAUACUGGGGUAAUAUAUAUUUAUUUAAUGGACUUAUUACAUUUAUUAUAAUUAUGAACAGAUUUGCUGUACUGGAUUGUGAAUUGUAUGUUCUUUUUAAAGCAACAUUUAUUUCUACAUAGUUUAUUGUAUAACACAUUAAAUCAACAUUUUUGUACUAUUAUUGUAUUUUAUAAACUGUAUUUUAGGAAUGUAUCAUUAAGAAUUCAACAAUGCAAUUUGACAUAUAUGAAGUGAAAUAAAUAAACACGCAUUUAUAAUUUUUAUUUCAGUUAAGGAAUCUGGAGGUUUCUCAAUAAAACAUGAAUGCUAUAAUAUUUAU